UCGUGAUCAUUCAUUGGCUCUCACUGAGAUCUACGGCAACUAGUAUUAGUGAAUGGCUUCAGCGCUGACAACAAAUCUAUACCAGCUAGUAUAAAACGGCCUGUUAAAAAGUUUAAUACUUCAUUUGUUGUAUACGAUCCUAGCACUACUAUAGUAUAUGGUUUAAGAUGUUCAAUCGUUAUUGUGAAGUUACGAUCCAGGGCCACAUGUAACGCGUUCUCAACGGGAUGUAUUGAGGAGCUAGACAAGUCGAAUUUAGACAGCUGAGCUAGCUAGGUUGAUAAAUAAAGUGAUCUGAGUUAAUCAACAGAGGUAAUACCCACUACCCAGUGUACAUGUAACAAGGAGAUGGAGUGAACAAGAUUACACGUGAAUUUUUAGUGUGAGAAACCUACUGAUACCAUGAUCAUCGCCAGGAAAGCACGUAGAGUUAGCAGUCGACUCUCGUUGGGUCUAUCAUGGACAUCCUUGUUAUGGACGGCCAUGGCAAUUAUUGUGCUUUAUGUCAUCCAAUACCAAGUUUACCGAAAUUACCAUAUAGCUAAAAACUCAGAAAAAGACAUUUCAGGCAAAAACUCAAUUAAUGGUUCGAUCUUUGGUCCAAACAGAAGUUAUGUGUAUGAUGCGUUGAGAGAAGAAAAGGUGGAUGUGCAACAGCAAAAUAUUUCUGAUCUCCAGGUGAAAGCUAAAAAGCUCUUUGACGAGGGGAAAUGGAACUCAUCCUUUGUUUCUUCUUAUCAUAAACACUAUCCUGUUGAUUGUACAGCCAUAAUACGAGGAGAGCAUCAGUCUAUUACCAAGGCAACAGAGAUGUUGAAGAUAAAUGGAAGAAAGAUACCAACAGAUGUUGAAGUCAAGAACUGGACCAGUGACUGUGAGCAUUACCGUAGCCAACGAAGAUAUCCGGUAUUUCCACGAUCAAAGGAAGAAGCAGAGUUUCCAAUAGCAUACAUUAUAGUCACCCACUCAGAAUCCUCACAACUUGAAAGAUUACUCCGUGCAGUGUAUCAGCCUCAGAAUGUAUACUGUAUCCAUCCAGAUGCAAAGUCACCUUCAUUAUUUCAGGAUUCUGUUCGAUCCUUAGCUGAAUGCUUGCCAAAUGUUUUCAUUGCCUCAAAGACAGUCAAUGUGAAUUAUGCUCAUUCUAGUCGUCUUCAAGCAGACAUCAAUUGCAUGUCAGAUCUCCUGCAAAGACCAGAACCUUGGAACUAUGUCUUGAACCUUUGUGCACAAGAUUUUCCACUCAAAACCAAUCUGGAGAUCAUUCAUCAGUUGAAGGCUUUCCAAGGAUAUAAUGACAUCCCUGGUAUCCUAGCACCAGAUUGGUUUGAUCACCGGACUCGCAUACACCAUGAAUUCCGAAAUAACAUGAUGAUCAAGAUGAAGGAUGUCCCAAAGCCACCACCUCCGCAAGACUUCCGGUUCUUCUUUGGCAAUGCCUACUAUGCUGCCACUAGGGAGUUCGCUAACUACGUCAUCCACAACCAAACAGCUAUAGACCUAUUGAAAUACAGUGAAGACACUUUCAGUCCUGAUGAACACUACUGGGUGACACUCCACAGGAUACCUGGUGUUCCUGGAGGGUAUACCAAGUCAUCUUGGAAUAGCACUGUCAGGUUUAUCCACUGGAAGAGCACUUCCCAUUCACCUGAAUGUGUUGGUAAAUAUGUGAGAAACAUCUGCAUCUUCGGAGCAGGAUAUGUUCAACAUCUAGCCCAUGCUCGCCACCUCUUUGCAAAUAAGUUCUACAUGUCGUUUGAUCCCAUUGCUAUUCAAUGUAUGGAACAGUUGUUGGAUUACAGAAAUGCUAACUCCGAGGCUAUCAAAGACUAUGUUCCAGAAUUCCCUGCAACUGAUAUAUUUGGACUGAAUUAACAUUCAUCUUAUGCUCCAGUCACGUCAACAAAUCAACUCCAGGGUGAUGUUAUCUCAUAUGACAUACCAUCAGUCAGUUAGGAGUUAGUUUCACUGAUCAUGCUGUUCUGAUUCAAUGUAGCAGAAAAAAAAAUCAUGUUUACAUUAUAUUACUUGUAUAGCCCUAACCAUUUAGAAUCAAUUAUGACAUUACAUGUAUCUAAGGUGACAAAACAUAGAAUACCUUUCUUCGGAUGAUGAAUUAUGAAAUCCUCAUCUAUAAUGUAUAGAUUCAGGGUGAAUGUACAUUUAAUUUUACUGUAAAAAAGUUGCUGUUAAAGAUUCCAACAAAUUGUGUGCUGAAGUUUGGUUUGGACAGUCUGUAUGACUGGUUUCUCACCAUUCUCAACACAUGUAGUAUCACUAAACGAUCUUUUGAACCAAGAGAGAUCAAAAUUGAUGCAGAAAUGAAGAAAGGAGAGCAAGUUGAACAAACACUUCAUAAAAGGACGGACAUGACCUCAUGUCAUUUGACUUAUUGACCCCUAGAUGACCUUUGAACUCAUCAACCUCAUGAACACACACAAAGUGUUACCCAAUGAUCAUAUGCAACAAGUAUGAACAUAAUUCAUGCAGAAAUAAAGAAAUGAGAGUUGAACAAAAACUUUAACAUUUUUAUAACAGACUCACAGGAAAUGUGAUCACUGGGUCUCUGCUGUACUUCUUCAGGCGAGACAAAAAAAAAUGCAUUGCCCAAAUGAUUAUUCAAAAGAGGGCAAGAUAAUUGAACUAGGCAUGGGGUCAGACAUUUUUUCAUAUUUAGAGAAAGAUAAGUAGUAAAUGCUUAACACAUGUCUAUGAAAUUAGAAUUUAAAUAAAUCAUUUUCACACCUCUAAAUCUGCUCACUUUUGUGUUUUUUUUCCUUUUAUUUUGUAAACCGUGAUUUUGGUGAUAAUCAAUCUCCUGCAAAUAAUACUAAAAUCAUACCAAUAAUUCUACAGAGCCUUUAUUAAAAUGAUAAAAGGCCAAAUUAAAAAAAUAUAUAUAUCAACACCAAAUCUGAAAUAAUCAAUACAGAAAACAUCAAAUUUUUUUUACAAUAUAUUGAUAAUUUAUUUCAGUAAUUAAAUCAAAGCAGUUCUGUAAAAUAAUAUAUGGAAAGUACUCUGAUAGAUUUUACAAGUAACUUUCUGUACAACAUAUGACUGCAACAAAACUUUGUUCCAUCAUCUUUCAAAUCAGUAUAUAUCUUCCAGACAUUAUACUGGAAUAAUACAAAUACCAAUGUUGUCUUAUUCAAUAAAAUGACAGUUCCAUCACAUUUGCUCCAGCAACAAUUGCUCCACUGUUAUUCCACACAUUAAUGCAAUGAUCAUCUUCAACCAUGGAUGUAACACUAUAUCCUAUUCUAAACCUAACC